AUGGCACCUACUUCCCGCCCAGACUUCAAGAUGAAUCUGGAGGGUCUCGGGUCUCUGAACCCUUCACAAACACGAUCGGCCAACAAUUCAGGUACCAACUCGCCUAGCGAGCCUGCUGGAUCAGGUCUACGAUACCCCCUGGGUAAUGGUCUCGGCAAUGCCACAGCGCAGGCGGCUACUGGCAGGGCAGGAGCAGGAUCUCCAUCGAAAGAGUUUGGCAGUCGACUGUUCCCAAAAAGGGCACGUGAGAUACAAGCACAGGAAGGACUGGCACCACAGAUAUGGGGACCACCAACGACAGGCAGUGGCCACUCCACACCUCUACGUGAGACGAUCCCGGAAUCCCCAGGCAGCGAUAGCUUUCCGGAUUUUGAUGCAGGCCAAGCGACAGCCGGAGCUGCAAGCUCGAUGCCAGCAGCCAACUCGAGCAGACGUGCCAGAGCCGGCACAGUGCCUUCUCGCUUCCCUCCCAUCAGCUCCUUGAAUGGCUCGCAAACUUCGUUACUACCGAAGUCGAACAGAGCAUCAGCGUCUAGCAGUCCGUAUGGCGCGAACACACCACCUUCUGCUGAGCUCGGCGCGCAGAUAGCGAGUAAUGCAGCUUUACUGUCACGAUUAAGAGCAGGAUCAAUGCCACAACGGAACUAUAUAGGCAGCGGCAGUCCAUUUGGCUCUUCGCUUUUCGCAAGCAAUUGGAUGGCAGGGCGUGAUCGAGCAACCACACUGCAAAGUAUAAGAUCCUCUGACGCGCCUUCUUCUCCACGAGACUCCUCGGCAGAGAACGACGUGAGCACGUUGGAAUAUCUUGGUCUGGCAGAUACACCACAGCAGGUGCUCAACUCUCAUGGUGUCACGAUUGCGGAGCUCGCGGCGUUGAAUGCAUAUAACAACAAGAACACGGCAAACAGAUUUCGAUCAUAUUCUGUAAAUGCGAAAGAGAAGUACGCGGAUGUGGACGAGGAUGAGCUUGACCAAUACGAGCAGCUGCAGCAGAUGUAUGGUGGACAGGUCACGCCUGGGUCGGAAAAUGCAGCGGCUCAAGCUGCAGCGAUCCACGAAGCCGUUCGUCAGCACAACUUGGAGGUUCAGGCGUUCGCAAACUUCGCGAGUGCAAAUCGACCACGCGCACGCACGGCUGGGGUUCUCGACUCUCCCACGAACCGCGUCAUGCGUAGCUAUCUGCCCACCCCAUCACGUAUGGAGAACAGCAUCAGUGCUGCGGAUCUGCAGAGCAACCACGGCACCGAGUUCAAUGGCCUCUCGAGCGCUGUACAGAACAUGCAGCUGAAUUCGAAGCCUUCAUAUGACAGUGGCCUGGACAACUCGCUCGACAACCCUACACGCUCACUCUGGCUCGGCAAUAUCCCUUCUUCCACCACUGUAUCUUCCUUGAACGUCAUCUUCGGACACUUCGGACCGAUUGAGUUUGCGCGUGUGCUAACCCACAAGAGUUGUGGUUUCGUCAAUUUCGAGAACAUUGGCAGUGCGAUCGCGGCCAAGUCGCAAUUCAAUGGCAAGGAGAUCUUUCCUGGAUGUGGUCCGAUCAGAAUCGGAUUUGCGAAAGAGCAGAGCGCGACCAACACUCCCGGCGCGAAUGGUGCAUACCCGUCACCAAGCCCGGAUCCUUUCGUAGCCAAAUCUCGUAUGGAAAAUCCGAACGCUGGAGCACUACCAUUAGGCGUCAACAUCAACGCAGAUACCGCAGCAGCUGCCAUGGCGACACCUAGUCUGCUCGAGCUCAAGGACGAAAUCCAGACAAUCGUGCAGCAAUACGGUGCGGCACCUGACGAAGUGCCUCGCAUCAUGGCAAAUCUUGACCUCGCGAUGAGCUUGAAUAAUUACUACCCAGAAGUGCCUCCGAUGCCAGAACCGAACCACAACCGCGUACACGAUGCACCAAGGCUACGCGAGAUCAGAAAGCGUAUCGAUAACAAUUCUUGCACUGCUUUGGAGAUCGAAUCUAUUGCUAUUGAGAUCCUACCUGAAAUUGCUGAACUCGCAUCCGACUAUCUUGGCAAUACUGUCGUGCAGAAGUUGUUCGAGCACUGCUCGGAGGAGACCAAGGAAGCAAUGCUGAUGCAGAUAACGCCACGCCUGGCCGAGAUUGGCGUGCACAAGAACGGUACCUGGGCCGCGCAGAAGAUCAUCGAUGUUGCGCGCACACCUCAACAAAUGAGCAUGAUUGUGGAUGCACUUCGCCCUCACGGCGUCAACUUGUUCCUCGAUCAGUAUGGUAACUAUGUCAUGCAAUGCUGUCUACGCUUUCAGGCGCCUGCGAACAACUUCAUCUUCGAGACGAUGCUAAACAGGCUGUGGGAUGUCGCACAGGGCCGAUUUGGCGCAAGGGCUGUACGUGCGUGUCUAGAAAGCCACUUUGCCACUACCGAUCAAAGAAGACUCAUGGCUGCUGCUAUUGCUCUGCAUAGCGUCCAGCUUUCCACCAACUCGAAUGGAGCGCUUCUGCUGACCUGGUUCCUGGAUACGUGCACCUUCCCGAAACGCCGAUCUGUGCUUGCGCCACGACUCAUCCCACAUCUUGUCCACCUCUGCACGCACAAGGUUGCAUACCUCACUGUGCUCAAGAUCAUUAAUCAGCGCAAUGAGACGGAUGCUCGGGACAGCAUGCUGAAGGCAUUGUUCUUCGAUGAGAAGACCCUCACCGAUAUUGUCAGCGAUCAAAUGUGCGGCGCAACUCUUAUCUUCAAAGUCCUUACUACCCCGUUCUUGGACGACAGCGUUAGGCCAGAAUGUGUCGAAAACGUGCGAAACGUGCUUCUGCAACUCAAGGCACAGCCGUCGCAAGGCUACAAGCGGCUAAUGGACGAGGUUGGGCUCUCAACAAGGCAUGGAAGCACGCCAGUCAGCCAUGAUGGUGGUCGAUCUGCAUCGAAGACUCGCCAAGCCAACGGACUGCCUAUGCUUGACACUGCACAGAACGGCUAUGCUAGAUCACCUUACGGCACAAUGACACCUCAGCAUCAACAGCAAAUGGACCAAGGUAUCAGCCCUCAUCUCCAUCGCACGGUCAGUAUGGACUCGAACAGCUUUGAUCCCUACGGCAAUGGCCAGUUCACACCACAGUACAGCCACAGUCCCGCCAUGUCAGCAGCAGGUAUCAGUCCCAUCAAUCCACAAAUGCAUCAAUAUCAGCAAGCUAUGCUCGCCCAAGCUCAAGCCAACCAACAACGAAACGCUCCGGGCUAUUAUGGCGGUGGACCCAUGUCGCAACCUCUCCAACAGAACGGCAUGGCAUACAGCACCGCAUCGCCUGCGCCUCCACAGAUGAUGCAUCAGCAGGAUCCUUAUAGGCAACCCAUGAUGCCACCGGGUAUUGGAGGUGGAUAUCCGCAACAGCAGGGCUAUGGUAGUCCCAUGAUGGGAGGUAUGAGUGGCUAUGGUGGUCAGUAUGGGAUGCCUCAGCAAAAUCAACAGCAACAGCAAUAUUAUGGUGGUCAGGGACAGAUGGGUGGGCAGCGCAGGGGCAGGGUAAGCUGA